ACUUGUUUUAAUUGUAAAAAAAAUUAGCCGCAAAGCAGCGACAGCGCGUGAGAUAUAAAAGUGCAAAACAUUCUCUAAAUUUCUAGUUAACAACAAGAAAAGCAACAAAAAUGGCAGGACGCGAUGCCGCUUCUAAUCAACUACUCGACUACAAGAAUUGUCAAAAGGAAAGUCCUGGUGUCGUCACCACUGGCAGUGGUGCACCCAUAGGCAUUAAGGAUGCCACCCAAUCGGUGGGUCCACGUGGCCCUCUGCUGCUGCAGGAUGUCAACUUCCUGGACGAGAUGGCACACUUUGAUCGCGAGCGCAUUCCAGAGCGUGUGGUGCACGCCAAGGGCGCUGGAGCCUUUGGUUACUUUGAAGUUACCCAUGAUAUAACCAAGUACUGUGCGGCCAAGAUCUUCGAAAAGGUCAAGAAGCGCACUCCUCUGGCUGUGCGCUUCUCCACGGUGGGCGGCGAGAGCGGCUCUGCGGACACGGCUCGUGAUCCACGUGGCUUUGCCGUCAAGUUCUACACGGAUGAUGGUGUUUGGGAUUUGGUGGGCAACAACACACCCAUCUUCUUUAUCCGCGAUCCCAUACUGUUCCCCAGCUUUAUACACACCCAGAAGCGCAAUCCGCAGACACAUCUGAAGGACGCAGACAUGUUCUGGGAUUUCCUCACCCUGCGCCCAGAGUCUACACAUCAGGUGGCCUUCUUGUUCGGCGAUCGUGGCACUCCCGAUGGUUACACCCAUAUGAAUGGCUAUGGCUCGCACACCUUUAAGCUGGUGAACGCCAAGGGCGAGCCCAUCUAUGCCAAGUUCCAUUUCAAGACGGAUCAGGGCAUUAAGAACUUGGAUGUGAAGACUGCUGCCGAUCUGGCCUCAAGCGAUCCCGACUAUAGCAUUCGCGAUCUAUACAAUCGCAUCAAGAACUGCAAGUUCCCCAGCUGGACUGUCAUGAUACAGGUGAUGACUUUCGAGGAGGCCAAGAAGUACAAGUACAAUCCGUUCGAUGUGACCAAGGUCUGGUCCCACAAGGAGUUCCCGCUUAUUCCAGUGGGCAAAAUGGUGCUGGAUCGCAAUCCCAAGAACUACUUUGCUGAGGUCGAGCAGAUCGCCUUCAGUCCAGCGCACUUGGUGCCUGGCAUUGAGCCCUCUCCGGACAAGAUGUUGCAGGGACGUCUCUUCUCCUACUCGGACACGCAUCGCCAUCGUCUGGGUCCCAACUACCUGCAGAUUCCCGUCAAUUGCCCGUAUCGCGUCAAGGUCAACAAUUACCAGCGCGACGGCUUCAUGAACGUCACCGACAACCAGGACGGCGCACCCAAUUAUUUCCCCAACUCCUUCAACGGCCCACAGGAGGAUCCACGUGCACGUGCGCUCUCCACCUGUUGCCCCGUGACCGGCGAUGUCUAUCGCUAUAGCAGCGGCGACACAGAGGACAACUUCGGCCAGGUUACCGAUUUCUGGGUGCAUGUGCUCGACAACUGCGCCAAGAAGCGUCUCGUCCAGAACAUUGCCGACAAUCUGAGCGGUGCCAGUCAGUUCUUGCAGGAACGUGCAAUCAAGAAUUUCACACAGGUCCAUGCCGACUUUGGACGCAUGCUUACUGAGGCCCUUAACCUGGCCAAAUCGUCCAAGUUCUAAAUUAAUAAGUUGCUAUGGCACAAUAAACACAAAAAUCCCACUUUCCAUUCAAGAAAAGCGUUUGGCUUU